AUGUUGAAAUCUAUCUUAAGAAAAGUUCUUGGAAAGACCUCCUUACAGUUUGAAGAAUUGUACACUGUACUAUGUGAUGCUGAGGGCAUUAUAAAUUUAAGACCUUUGUCAUAUUUAAAUUACCUUAUAGCAUUAACAUCUGCUAUGUUUCUGCAAGAUGCAAAAGAAACAGGAGUUCCAGAUGUAGAUCAAAUAGAUGCUAAGAGAAAGAAUAAAAGAUUCUUCUACAGGCAAAAAUUGUGUCAAGAUCUCAGAAAACGUUUCAGAAUCGAAUAUCUUGGACAUCUUAGAGAAUUUUCAAAAAUUCGUAAUGAAUCUAAAAUUAAAGAAGGAGGCAUUGUUCUCAUCGGUGAUAGUAACGUCAAGCGAAUAAAUUGGCCUUUGGGAAGAGUCAUCAAAUUAUAUCUUGGAAAAGACAAGAAAGUUCGUCUCGUGGAAGUACAGACCAAAUCUGGGUCUUUCCUACGUCCAAUCCAGAGACUUUUCCUUCUUGAGAUCAGCCAAAGUGAAAAAUCUGCUGUCCCAUGUCUCCAAAAGAGUGAUUCUCCAUCCACAAUGAUGAUUCCUGAUGGUACACCUACAUCUAGUGGCUCUCAUGCUGUUCCAGAUGUGAGCCAACCAAGAAGAUCCCGUUAUGUCCGGCUUUUAAAGCCCAGUGUUCUCCUGGACUCAUUUGUUUGA